AUGGGCCUGUUUUCGAGCAAGAAGACGGCACCACCGCCAGUCCCGACUGACCGCGUGAUUCCGUUUCGCUUCGCAGACGACUUUGUGUACACGCGUGGGCUUUGUCUGGAUAUCUCGCUGCGCUUUGACGAUGUGCUCGAUCCUGAGAAACUGCGAGAGUCUUUGGAUGUUUUGCUGAACAAAGAUGGCUGGCGCAAGCUCGGCGCGCGACUGAGGCUGAAUAAAGACAACAAGCUCGAGUAUCAUGUGCCAGCCGAAUUCAGCGCACAGCGUCCGGCCUACCUUUUCAGCACAGACAAGCAGGACAUGAGCAUUGGUGACCACCCGGUGCUCUCGAAGCUGCCCCGGGGCCAAAGUGACAAGCCCGCGCUGUUUGAAAGCCCAAAGCUGUUUCGGCCGCAUGUGCGUGCUCCGGGAGCACCUCAGUAUCUGCCUGACUGGCUAUAUGCCGAUAUCCCGCAGCUGGCGGUGCAUGUACUCACUUUCCACGAUGCCACCAUCGUGACUGUCACGUUUAUGCACACGCUGACCGACGCGAUGGGCUUUGUCGCGUUUAUCCGUGGGUGGACGGCCGUAUUGCGCGGCGAUGAGGAUCAGGUUCCGGCCUUUGUUGGGUUUGAUCUGAGUGACGACCCCAUUGAGACGCUGCACGAGGGUAUGCCUUCAUCACGGUAUCUGUUCGCGGACAAGCUCGUCACUGGCUGGAGGUUUUUCCUGUUCGUCGUCAAUUUUGUUUUCGAAUUGGUCUGGUGGCCCAAGGAUGAGUUGCGCACGAUAUGCGUGCCUGGUGAAUACCUGACGCAGCUGCGCGAGUCUGCGUUGGCAGAGUUGGCCGACGAGGCACAGCAGACUCACAACGACGGCCCUGCAGGAGGAAAACUAUCAUCGAAGCCGCCGUUCCUGAGCGAGGGCGACGUGCUGUUUUCAUGGUGGGCGCGGAUCAUGCUGCGUGCGCUGAACCCGGCUCCGCAGCAGACUAUCUGCCUGAUGAACGUCUUUGACACGCGCGGUGUGCUGUGCGAUAUGGACCGUGUGGCCUCGCCGGAUAUCGCCAUGACGGCUAAUGCUACGUAUCCCUUGUACAAUUUGAUCCCCGCGGGAAAGUUUUUGAGCAAGGCUGUGCCGUUGAGCUGGAUAGCUUCGCAGGUGCGACAUGCGAUUGACACGCUGCGUACUCCGGAGCAGGUUCAGGCACAGGCUGCCGGGCUCCGGGACAGUGCUAGAGAUGCUGGUCGUCCGCCGCUGUAUGGGGAUUCGGGCAUGAUGCUCGUUACCUGUUCUAAUUGGCAUCGGGGCAAGCUCUUCCAGAUGGAUUUUUCGGCUGCUGUUGUGAAUGAUAAUAAUACUGGCUACGACUCAGAGAAAAUCACAGGAUAUCAAAAAGGGAAACCGUCGUUUGUCAACGCGACCUCGACCGAGACGGGGUUUUCGAUUCGCAACUCGCAGGUGAUUCUGGGCAAGGAUGCGGCGGGGAAUUGGUGGAUUCAUAGUUGUUUGCGGGUUGGGGCGUGGAAGAAGGUGAGGGAGCAGCUGGAGGCGAUUUAA